ACGGGGCGGAGGCUUUAUAACCACUUGGUCGCGAGCGCUCGACUUCGAUCUCCGGGAGGGCGGCUGAGGCGGCAGCGGCCGGGGCGCCGGCAGAGCGGGCGCUGAGGCGGGAGCUGGGGCGGCGCUGGGCGCCCCUGGCCCCUCGGCCUCUGCGGGCCAUGGGUUCCGAGAAGGACUCCGAGUCGCCGCGCUCUACAUCGAUACACGCGGCCGCGCCGGACCCCAAGUGCCGCAGCGGCGGCCGGCGCCGGCGCCUCACCUUCCACAGCGUCUUCUCCGCCUCGGCCCGUAGCCGCCGCGCCCGGGCCAAGCAUCAGGCCGAGCCGCCGCCCCCUGCCGCACCGCCGCCGCCCGCCCCGACCCCCGCCGCGGCCCAGGCCCCGCCGCCCGAGGCGCUGCCCGAAGAUCCGGUCGUGGAGGCCGAGGCCGCGGCCGCGGCGGCGGCGGGGCCGGGCUUCGACGAUGAGGCGGCGGCGGAGGGCGGCGGCUCGGGCCCGGAGGAGGUGGAGUGCCCGCUGUGCCUGGUGCGGCUGCCGCCCGAGCGAGCCCCGCGCCUCCUCAGCUGCCCGCACCGCUCGUGCCGCGACUGCCUCCGCCACUACCUGCGGCUGGAGAUCAGCGAGAGCCGCGUCCCCAUCAGCUGCCCCGAGUGCAGCGAGCGGCUCAACCCGCACGACAUCCGCCUGCUGCUCGCCGACCCGCCGCUCAUGCACAAGUACGAGGAGUUCAUGCUGCGCCGCUACCUGGCCUCGGACCCCGACUGCCGCUGGUGCCCGGCCCCGGACUGCGGUUAUGCUGUUAUUGCCUAUGGCUGUGCCAGCUGCCCAAAGCUAACCUGUGAGAGGGAAGGCUGCCAGACUGAGUUCUGCUACCACUGCAAGCAAAUAUGGCAUCCAAAUCAGACAUGCGAUAUGGCUCGUCAGCAGAGGGCACAGACUUUGCGAGUACGAACCAAACACACUUCAGGUCUCAGUUAUGGGCAAGAAUCUGGACCAGAUGACAUCAAGCCAUGCCCACGAUGCAGUGCUUACAUUAUCAAGAUGAAUGAUGGAAGCUGUAAUCAUAUGACCUGUGCAGUGUGUGGCUGUGAAUUCUGUUGGCUUUGUAUGAAAGAAAUCUCAGACUUGCAUUACCUCAGUCCCUCUGGCUGUACAUUCUGGGGCAAGAAACCAUGGAGCCGAAAGAAGAAAAUUCUUUGGCAGCUGGGCACAUUGAUUGGUGCUCCAGUGGGAAUUUCCCUCAUUGCUGGCAUUGCCAUUCCUGCCAUGGUCAUUGGCAUUCCUGUUUAUGUUGGUAGAAAGAUUCACAGCAGAUAUGAAGGAAGGAAAACCUCCAAACAUAAGAGAAAUUUGGCUAUCACAGGUGGAGUGACCUUAUCAGUCAUUGCAUCCCCGGUUAUUGCUGCAGUUAGUGUUGGUAUUGGUGUUCCCAUUAUGCUAGCAUAUGUCUAUGGGGUUGUGCCUAUUUCUCUCUGUCGUGGAGGUGGCUGUGGAGUUAGCACAGCUAAUGGAAAAGGAGUGAAAAUUGAGUUUGAUGAAGAUGAUGGUCCAAUCACAGUGGCAGAUGCCUGGCGAGCCCUCAAGAAUCCCAGCAUCGGGGAAAGUAGCAUUGAAGGUCUGACAAGUGUAUUGAGCACCAGUGGAAGCCCUACAGAUGGACUCAGCGUUAUGCAGGGUCCAUACAGUGAAACAGCCAGCUUUGCAGCCCUCUCUGGGGGCACACUGAGUGGUGGCAUUCUUUCCAGUGGCAAGGGAAAAUAUAGCAGGUUAGAAGUCCAAGCCGAUGUCCAAAAGGAAAUUUUCCCCAAAGACACAGCCAGUCUUGGUGCAAUUAGUGACAACGCAAGUACUCGUGCUAUGGCCGGUUCCAUAAUCAGUUCCUACAAUCCACAGGACAGAGAAUGCAACAAUAUGGAAAUCCAAGUGGACAUUGAAGCCAAGCCAAGUCACUAUCAGCUGAUGUACCUGCUCUUUGUCUUCUUGGCCUGUGCUUUAACAAUGACGAUGAUGUAUCUGGACAACAGCUGACUUGGAAGAGUCUUAUUUCUUGGGCAUUGCAGCCACACUUAGCACGUUUCCCUGAACCUGGGAGAGGAAAUGCUGUUAGUGACUGUGGGUCUCUGGAAGAAAGCCCCUUAGAGGGGGUGUCCUUGUGUGAAAAAUGGAACCUGCUGGGAAAAGGGGCAGUCUGGAAACCUGCCGUGCGAAUUGUCAACUCAAGAUUUGUAAUUCUCUUGAAGAGUCCUCUAGAGAGCAACUAAAGCCUCACCUAGAGAGAUUAAAAAAAAAAAAAAAAAAAAGUCUGUUGGAAGGGCAGAGUUUGCCGCCAAACUUAUUCUUGGCUCCACUUAUUACUACUGUGAGACUUGGGCAACUUACUCUGUUUUCACUUAGGGAAAAAAAAAAAAAGGAGUAGUAAUCCUAAUUAUGGAUGUCAUGUAAAGAUUAAGUGAGAUGGCAUACUGAAAAUGGCUAGGAAUUUUUCCUCUUGUAAAAUAAGAAGGGAGGAACUGGGUAUCAAUGAAGAAAAGGCCUAGACUCUAAACUCUACAUUAUGAAAUCUAAACUUCUAAUCUUUUGUGACAUUUAUUUUAUCUCUUAGACAUUGUUAGUUGAUGAAAAAGCCCAUCAGCACCACCUGGAGGAAAACAGAAUUAAUGCACUGGAAAAUCUGGUUCUAGGGGAAGAACAUUCACACGAGGCGUAAUGUACAAUGGCCCUUAGUGAAGCAGUCUUGUUCUAUUUGAACAUACACUCGCACAAACUGUAGCAGGAUAUAUGGUUUAGAACAAAGUUGAAUUGAGAGUUGUAGAUUAAAUUGAAGAAGUGGAUGGGACGAGGCUAAAAUUGGAAACAGGCAUCUUUGGUCACCAGUCUACUUGGAUAGGCCAAUGGAAAGAAGUUUGUCAUAUAGUAUAUGGGUAUGUUAGCAUUCUGAUCUCUUUGUAAUGUACUUUUCUGUGCUGCAGAAUCUGGAAAACUAAAAGCAUGUCUUAAACCCUUGAAAACAAGGCUCUGGAUGUAUUUAAAUUUUACCAGUUACAUGCACAAAGAAGGCGGUGUGCAAGGGGAAAGUGAUUCAGCGAUCAUUUUCAGCUACUUAGUUUUAAGGAUGCAGAGACCUUAUGUUUUCCUUAAAUGAUGUUGUAAUAGCCAUUAUUAGCUUUGCGGGUGUUGAAGGGCGUCCUGAUCCAUAAAUAAGUUUGCAAUGUA